UUAUGUGCCCUCUCUUGAUGCUGGAGCUCACUUGCACAGAAACACUUCAACCAGACAUUGUUCCUGCACAGCAAGGACUCCGCAUUCUACCUCAGUGUUCAGUGAACGAGCUGCUAAUACCUCAAGAGGUUACAUUGCACUUCUAAUAAUCCAAAGUUCUGAAAAGCCGUUGGAAUUUCAAGAGCCGAUUACUCACUUUAACACACUGCAGUACCAAGAUGACUUUCACCGCUUUUUAAUUUUUUUUUCUUUUUGUUGCUUUUUUUUUUUUAGGACCUCUUUCUGGAACACUUUGCCUGGAUUUUAUUUGAAUGGACAGUAUCAUGUUAGUUGCUUUCAUGAAGGUGCUACACUUUGUGAGCCAGCAUUCUUAUUGUGUUUUGUAGAUAUUUUAUGCAAUAAGAGAAGAUUAUUUCAGCAGGUGCUAGAGCAUACUUCUUUUGUUUUUGCACAUCCAAGUAUCAAAGGAACCUACCAACAACUGAAUCUAGUGCCAUUAACAUCUUGUGGAUUUCUCUAUAACUAUGGCAUUUGGUGACCUCCUAGAGCAGGCGGGGGGCACGGGACGCUUCCAGAUCCUGCAUGUGGUUCUUCUCUGCAUACCUGUUCUGAUGAUGGCCAGUCACAAUCUGCUGCAGAACUUUGUGGCCGCGGUGCCUCCUCACUUCUGCAGCGCGCACACAAACCUCUCUCAGUCCAAGCUGAGCCCGGAGGAAACGCUGCUUGUCACAGUGCCACUAGACCAGACAGGGAAGCCCCAGAGAUGCCUUCGUUACGCUACCCCACAGUGGCACCUCCUGGCUAAAAACGGGACCUCUGGUUCAGGGGAAGAUGCUCAGGAUGUUGACCUGCAGGGAUGCACAGAUGGAUGGUCCUAUAACAUGACUGAGAUGAGCACCACAAUCAUAUCUGAUUGGCAUUUGGUGUGUGAUCUGCGCUCUUUGAAGCAAAUGGGACAGACAGUCUACAUGGGAGGAGUACUUGUUGGAGCUCUUGUCUUUGGAGGUCUAGCCGACCGAUAUGGUCGACGCAUCCUCCUGAUCCUUUCUAACCUGCUGAUGGCGGUGUCGGGGACAUGCGCUGCCUUCUCAACCUCCUUCCCGCUCUUCUGCCUGUUCCGUUUUGGUUGUGGCAUGGCUCUGUCUGGCCUGGGGCUCAACACCUUCUCACUUAUUGUGGAGUGGAUCCCCACUCGUGUGCGAACUGUGGUGGGAACGAUAACUGGUUACUGUUACACGGUGGGACAGUUGCUACUGGCAGUCAUAGCCUACUUCAUCCGGGAUUGGAGGUGGUUAACCCUGGCCGUGUCUUUGCCCUUCUAUGUCUUCUUCCUCAUCUCAUGGUGGUUUCAUGAGUCUUCAAGAUGGUUAGCUCUGAGUAAUAAGCCUGAACAAGCCAUCAAGAACCUUCGAAGCGUGGCCAAAUUUAACGGACGGCGUGAAGAAGGAGAAAAAAUUGACCUAAAAAUGCUGCAGGAAUCCAUGAAGAAAGAAAUGUCCUGUUCGCAGGGCUCCUACUCUGUCCUGGAUCUGUUCCGCACACCCACAAUGAGGAAUAUGACAAUCUGCCUCAGUGCUGUCUGGUUAUCAACCAGCUUUGCCUACUAUGGCCUUGCCAUGGACCUGCAAAAGUUUGGGGUGGACAUCUACUUAAUCCAAGUGAUCUUCGGAGCUGUUGAUAUCCCUGCUAAAGUCGUCAUAACUGUGACUAUGAGUUUUGUUGGACGGCGUCCAUCACAAUCUGGUGCUCUCAUCAUCGCUGGAAUCACUAUUUUGAUCAACCUGCUGGUGCCUUAUGACUAUCAGAUGGCACGCACCAGUCUGGCUGUGAUAGGUAAAGGCUGCCUUGCUGCCUCCUUCAACUGCUGCUACCUUUACUCUGGAGAACUGUACCCAACCAUAAUUCGUCAGAAUGGCAUGGGCUGGGUAUCAAUGAUGGCUCGUGUAGGGGCCAUGGUGGCCCCUAUGGUGCUUCUCACGGGUGACUACAAACCUUGGAUACCGGGUUUGAUUUACGGAGGAGCUCCGAUUCUCAGCGGAGUGACUGCAAUAUUUCUACCAGAAACACUUGGCUCACCACUUCCUGACACAAUACAAGACGUGGAGGACAGGGGAGCUGGGAGAAGCUCCAAAAAGCCACCAAAGGAAGGAAUAAUCCUGCAAGACACAGAGUCGAAUCCUCUGAAGCAGGCUGCCUGAGGGCAUCUCCACUGAUGUUUUUGCUGACAUGUUAAUGAAAGUAGAAUGGGUACUGCUUUUUCUCCAGCCUGUUUAUAUGUUUGAUUCCUUUGUAGAGUUUAUUGUGUUGUGUGACUGCUGGACAGAUGGAGAUGCAAUGUUAUUUUUGGACAGGUCAAUACAGUGAAAUAAAUAGCUGCCAAACAAUCAGAACUAUGUUUGUUAUACAGUAGCUUCAGUCUGGAUUUGGACCAAUUAUGUUUUAUAUUUUUGAUGUCUAUGUAAAAAAAAAAAAAAAAAAAGUCGUCUACAGGUAAAACUCUAUGCUAUGCUUUCAUCGACAUUUUUAUAACUUCUUAUUAUACAAUCCUGUAUUUGUGAACAAAAAUGUGUUUUCAUUAAA